AUGGCAACCUUAAUAGACUCGAUCCCACAUAUCAUCAGGACUGCUGAGGAUCCUAGACAGGAAGGUGUCUGGACUGCUCGGCUGAGUAGGAUAGACCAGGUGAAUUCAAAGAUACGUGUAUUGAGACUGAGUCUCCCGAAAGAUGGGCGGCCCUUACGCCACCUCCCAGGUCAAUAUGUAGACCUGUAUAUCCCCAACAUUGAUGUCGUCGGCGGCUUUACAAUAACCUCGCCGCCCCAAGCUUCUUCGCAGUCGCAAGAAGAUCCUCAUAUUGAGCUAGCCAUCCAGUCUUCUCCCACGAACCCGCCGGCGGCGUACCUCUGGCGGUCGCCACGAGAAAUACUCGAUUCCGCGGUCUCCUUCAAGGUCGGUGGGAAUUUCGUCUACCCGCCUCAGACUUUGGGAAGGGAGCAGCAUGGCCGACUGGACAGGCUAGUCUUGAUUGCGGGAGGAGUGGGCAUCAACCCGAUCAUGAGCAUGGUUUCUGCCAUGCAUGAUACGGGCGUGACAAAUACACCUGAUGGAAUGCCUCGGACUGUGAGGGUGUUGUACUCUUCCAGACGGGAGAAGAACAAACAGGGUGGUACAGAAGAGGUGUUGUUUGAACGAAGACUGAAGGAUAUUGCGCAGCAUUGGAGCGGCAAUCAAGAUGUGAACUACAAGUACACUUUCUUUGAGACGGGUGAGGGCCACGCAAAAGAGGACGAGCAUGGAGGGAAUAUGGCCACCUGCUACAGGAGGAUCAAUCAUGAUGACUUGUUUGAUGCCAUCGGCCCAGAGAACGGGCGAGGGAAAAGCUUCGUCUACGUGUGUGGGUUGCCGACGAUGACGGACGAGUUUGUCGCGUUGUUGAAACAGACACCAGGAAUGGAUGGGAACAAGGUCCUCUGCGAGAAAUGGUGGUGA